AUGGAGGCCGAAGGAUUCGUCCGCUGGAGGGUGAAGGAGGAUGAUGAUUUGGAUGAUGCCUUGGCCGAAUACCAGGAUCUGGUCCACCAAAGUGAGACUGGCACGCUGCAGACGAGACAAGAAGACGAGGAAGAGGAUGAGGAGCAAGCGGCUCACCCUCGGAAGCGUCGGCGGCGCUUGGACAAGGAGGCUGCUGCUGCGGGUCGGGCUCCAUGCGCCAAGGAAGUGGAUCUGCACAGCAAAGCGCAGCGAGCGCGAUUUCUGCGGGUCGUUCGGCGGCAGGUGGAGUACUACUUUUCGGACAUCAACUUGAAGAGGGACUGGUUCUUCCAGGAGAAGAUUGCUGCCGAACCUGAGCCAGGGUGGCUAGAACUUCGCUGGAUCAUGUGCCUAGGCAAGAAGAGCUGA